AAAUCAAAUCAAAUCAACUUAUACAAAUAUACUACAUAAGAUGUCCGCUCAAACCGUUUUCAUUUCUGGUGCCAAUGGGUACAUUGCUCAACAUACCGUUGUCCAAUUAUUAAAGAAAGGUUAUAAUGUUGUUGGUCAAGUUAGACUGGCUGCCAAAGGUGAUGCUUUAGCUAAGGAUUUAAAGAACUCUCAUUUUUCAUAUGAAGUUGUUGAAGUCCUUGAACAAGAAGGUGCCUUUGAUGAAGCUUUAACCAAACAUCCUGAAGUUACUGUAUUCUUACAUACUGCUUCUCCAGCUACAUUUUCAGCUGAAGAUAAUGAAAGAGAUGUAAUAAUUCCUGCUGUUAAUGGUACUAAGAAUGUUCUUAAAUCUAUUAAGAAAGUUGCUCCUCAAAUCAAGAAAGUUAUUGUUACUAGUUCUGCUGUUGCUGCUGGUGACAUUAAUGAAUUGGAAGAUCCUAAAUUUGUCGGAGGUGAAGAUACUUGGAAUCCAAUAACUUACGAAGAAGCUGUUAAGGGAGAUCCAGUUGCUGCUUACCAAGGUUCUAAGAAGUUUGCUGAAUUAGCUGCUUGGGACUUUGUUAAAGCUGAGAAGCCAAACUUUAAGUUGACUACUGUAUUACCUGUUUAUGUCUUUGGACCUCAAGCAUUUGUAUCCGGAUUGAAGAGUUUAAAUCUUACUGCUCAAGUUGUUGCUAAUAUUUUGGACUUAAAGAGAGAUGAUGCAGUUCCUGCUAUGGAAAACUCUUUUGCAGAUGUUCGUGAUAUUGCACUUGGUCAUAUUGCUGCUUUUGAAAAUGAUACCGCUGCUGGUAAGAGAUUGCUUAUUACCUCUGGAAGAUUUAACUUUCAAAGAAUUGUUGACAUUGUUAGAGAAAGCUUCCCAAAGUUGGCUGAUAAAUUACCGGUAGGUACUCCAGCCUCAAAGAAUAUUUUUGAUCAUUACAACAAGUUAAAUGAUUCUAAUGCUAGAGAAGUUGUUGGUAUUGAAUAUAUCCCACUUGAGAAAACUAUUGUUGAUCACAUUGGGCAGAUCUUAGAAAACAGAAAUUAGUAUGUUGUACUUCUGUGCCAUUAUUUGUUCAUUUAUCUUAUCAGGGAUUAUAAAAUAGUG